CAUUGCUUCACUCAUUUUCAUGCUUCCUGCUUUUCAUUGUUUUUGCUAGCUCUUGUCCGGGAGUCUAUCACCAGCAGACAAUGUGUGAUGGAUUGGCUGGGUGCCUCAUUCUUUAAAAAGCUUGGAAAUGGUUCUUGCAGGAGCUCCACGGUGUGACAUUGUUGUGAGUGGAUGAAGAAUACAAUCUAGAUUGUGCCUGUUUGCUGCCAUUGUUGCAUCAUGGGUGAUCCCUCAGCAGAAAUAAGUGAAAUGUGCUCCCUGGGAUAGAAGUGUCUGGACUGGUACCUACUUUCACAGAGUUUUCAUAAAUGAACCUGAGUGCGACAUUGAGCCUGCGUAUGCGAAGUGUGUGAAGAGGACAGAGUAAUAACUAGGAUGUCAACGGAGACAGAAGUUCAACAGGUUGUCAGAGCCGGCACAAGAAAGGAAUCCAAAAAGAAAGGUCAGGAUCGGAGUGAAGCUGGUCUGAUAAAACGUUUUAAAGGAGAUGGAUUCCGGUAUAGGGCAAAGCUAAUUGGUGUGGAUGAGGUUUCUGCUGCAAGGGGAGAUAAGCUCUGUCAAGAUUCAAUGAUGAAACUGAAGGGAAUUGCAGCUGCAGCACGUUCAAAAGGAGAACACAAACAAAGAAUCUUUCUGACCAUUUCAUUUGGAGGCAUCAAAAUUUUUGAUGAAAAGACAGGUGCUAUGCAGCAUCACCAUGCAGUUCAUGAAGUAUCAUACAUUGCUAAGGAUAUUACUGACCAUCGCGCCUUUGGCUAUAUCUGUGGCAAAGAAGGAAAUCAUCGGUUUGUAGCAAUAAAGACAUCCCAAGCGGCUGAACCUGUAAUUCUUGAUCUACGAGAUCUCUUCCAACUCAUCUAUGAACUAAAGCUUCGAGAAGAGAAGGAAAAGUUGGCUCAGAAGGACAAACAAUGUGAACAGGCAGUUUAUCAGACAAUUUUGGAGGAAGAUGUAGAGGAUCCCGUCUAUCAGUACAUUGUGUUUGAAGCUGGACAUGAACCAAUCCGUGAAACAGAGGAGAGCAUUUACCAGGUGCCCACAAGCCAUCAGAAGGAAGGUGUCUAUGAUGUGCCAAAAAGUCAACCACAUGUCGGACUGGUGGUGGAGAUUGAUGAGGAACAGAACAAAACUGAUAAGACUAUUAAUCAACUGGACCUCUUUGGUGAUAUGUCAACUCCCCCGGACAUCACAUCUCCUGGGACCCCAGCAUCACCAGCUAAUGCCCUUGGUCCUGAUGCAUUUGCCUCAGGAGUUCUAAGUGCUCAGCCACCAGGGAGACCAGAUUUGUUUGGAUCUGUUCCAUUCAGUGCUGCUGCUGUCCCCACAGGGUAUGUCACAAUGGGAGCUGUACCACCUGCCGUCUGGGCACAGCAGUCGGGUGCCCAAAACAUCAUCAAUCCUUUGUUAGCUGGAGUCCAGCCGACAGCAUGGGGACAGCCAACUUUAUUUGCUGUACAGCAGCAGUGGGCCCCUGUUGGAAGCCCAUUUCAGCCGACUGUCUUCAUGUCCGCACAAACUCCAAUGCCACUACAAACUGCCAUGUUCAAAGCAGCCUUAUCUGCUGGACAGCCCACAAUAGCCAGCCAUCAAGAGGAGAAGUCCAAACAGAAAAUGAGCAAGGAGAUGUUUAAAGAUUUCCAAAUGGCCAAACCCCCAACAAUUCCAUCAAGAAAAAAUGAGCAAUCUUCUCUCUCUUGCACCUCAGAUGCCUUCUCAAGCUACUUUAACAAAGUGGGUUUGGCACAGGAGAUAGACGAUACAGAUGACUUUGAUAUUUCUCAGUUAAAUCUUACCCCAGCAACUUCCAACUCCACACCAUCAUCAAACAAUUCACCUCCAACUUCAUCUCCACAUCAGCACACACCUUCUGACUCGCCACACCGCCACACACCUGGGGCGUCUUCUCAGCGGAGCACACCUGCAGCAUCUCCCCAUCAGACCUCGCCCACCUCAUGCUGCCAUCAGAACACCCCAUCCAGGUCACCUGCCUUGCACCCCGAUGGAACUGCACCUGAUGGCCAAGGGGAGGCUGAGUCAGAUAACCUGAGCAGCAGCAGAGUGCAAGAGGCUCUUGUUAGUUCAGAAGCACCUUCAAGUGCUGAUGCAGUCGCUGACUCGCUUGGUGAUUCUUUCACCCCACAGAGGUUUCAAGAAAGCAAGGGGCAUAGACGCAAUAUAAUUGGUAGAAGAAUUAGAGAAGAAAGGAAGAAACCCUUUAUAAGCCAGAAGAUGGUCGAUGAAUGUAGCUCAAAGCCAGAGAGCAAAGAGUUAACUAAUGGAUUGAACACAGAAGACUUUGUCCCUUUGAUUGGACGCCUGCAAAGGUCAUUAAGGAAUCCAUCAGAGCCAAUUGAUUGCAUUCUUUCAACCUGGUCCUCAUGGAGUUCUUGCAAUCCUUGCCAGAAAAAGCAAUACAGGUAUGCAAGACUUGAGACGCCCUCUCAGUUUGGUGGUGCAUCAUGUGACUCUACCGACAGGGAAGAGAAGGCCUGCACAGGCCCUUGCCGAUCCAUAAACCUGUGUGAGGGCUUUGUAUGUGCAGAAACAGGUCGGUGCAUUCCUCGUAGGGUCAAGUGUAAUGGAGACGAUGAUUGUGGAGAUCAGUCUGAUGAGAAAGGAUGCCGGAGAUUUAGCUAUGCAUGCUCCAGGGAGACAGAACAAUAUUGGGCCGUGCAGCAUAUCGCAAGCGGAUACAAUAUUUUAACUGGGACUUUGGAGGGAACUGUUCUAGAUAACAGAUACUACGGAGGCAGCUGCGCGCCAUAUUAUGUGAACAACAUAAGAUUCAGAAAACCAUACAACUUAGAAUUCUACAGCCCUGAGACAGAAGGAAAAUUAAAACUGUCCUUCAAUGAAUAUACAUCUUUCAAAAAUUUUACAUCCAGCAGAUUUGAACAAAAUGAAAAACAUACCAGUUUUGGUUUUAAUAUUAAUAUUCCAACAGUUUUUGAACUUGGAAUUAGUUACCAGAGUAAUAAUUUCAAGAAAAUGAUGCAAAAUGUCCUCAAAUAUUCUGGAACAAGAACACACCUAUAUCAUUCAUAUUUCUCCCUCCAAGUGGCUCAGUUCAAGGUAAAACCCAGGGACUUGAUGCUCCAUUAUGAUUUUUUUCAAAGACUUAAACAACUGCCAACAGUUUACAACUAUGGAGAAUACAGGGAAAUCUUUAAGGACUAUGGAACUCAUUACAUAAGUGAAGGCAUACUUGGUGGAACAUAUGAAUAUAUUUGGGCAGUUAAUGAAAAACAAAUGAAGGAAGAUGGUUACACGUUGAAUGAUGCAAAAGACUGUGCCAAAGCUGGCUUUAGUAUAGAAGCCACGAUUGAAGGAAUCAUGAUUGGGGUUGGAGUUAAAGGAGGAGCUUGUGAUGGUCUUCUGGAUGUAAAAGGAGAUGGGAUUAGCAAAUCAAAAUAUACCGAAGACUUCUUAAUAUUUGUACGAGGAGGAGCAAGCGAGCAUGUAACAGCUCUUGCUCACAAAGAACUUCCGACUGUGGAGCUGAUGCAGGAGUGGGGCGAUGCAGUAGAGUACAACCCAGAAGUCAUUAAAUUUAAGCCGGUACCACUUUAUGACCUAAUCACUUCAAGCACAUUUCGGAGUGCUAGCAGAAUCAAAGCCAACAUGAGGCGAGCCCUGGAGGAGUACCUGAUCGAAUACAGUUCCUGUCGUUGUGCUCCAUGUCACAACAAUGGAGUUGCUGUUCUUCAAGGAACUCAGUGUGUCUGCAUGUGUCCUGCCGGUUUCCAUGGAGCUGCCUGUGAGAUUACUACCAGGGAGAAUGUGGCUGUUGACGGCAAGUGGAGCUGCUGGUCUCCAUGGUCUCAAUGUGUAAACAGAGAAAGAAAGAGAACCCGGCAGUGUAAUAAUCCUCCCCCAGAAAAUGGUGGCCAAAUGUGUGUAGGGGACAAUCAGCACAUAACACCAUGUUACUAAAGAAAUGCCAGUCUCUUUCGGCCUGGUUUUGAACUUCAAGUCUGAGUUCAAAAAUUAAUUCCACUGAUCUAUAACUUUGCAUGAAGAGAUAUUUUAAUUCAAUAUUAACAGAACCUGUAAAAUUACAUAUAAAGCUGGUUAAUUGUAAUGGCCUUUACAAGACAGUUAAACAGAAUUAUUUAAUUUCUAAAAAAUACUUUAUACUUAUACUUUAUACUUUAUUGUCACCAAACAAUUGAUACUACAACGUACAAUGAUCGUAGCGAUAUUUGAAUAAUAAAUGGCUUUCUUCCUCUUUCAUGAAUAUUUAUAUUUCCAUACACUAGCUCAUUAAGCCAUGAUUUCAAGUGAAUUCAAGUAAGGGCUUUGGAGGUGUGUUCUAUAUUCAACUGGAAUAUUCAGCCAAGUAACGACCAUGCAUUAGAUAGGUAUACACAGGAGCAACAGCCAAUAACAUAAGAAAAAACAAUAAAAUUAUGUAGACU